UUCUGAUGAUCCCUCUCUCUCCCCGAAAACCCCCCUUCAAUUCGUCCUUUUGGGUCUUCCCAGCUAACAGGAACACACCCGAACUCGUAUCAUUGACAGCAUGGAACCAACCUUGGGGAAUGACAUCAGUGGCCAAGAUUCACGGCCAUUAAUUGAAACCGAAAACUUCUCCCAUGAUCUUCAGGAGCUGCGGUUAGAAAAUGAAUCCAUGGUCGCCGAGAUUGAAUCCUUUCGUGCAUCAUAUCAAACCCUCCAAUCUAGCUACACAGAGAAAGAGGAAAAGGUAGCCCAGAUCAAUCAAGAAAAAGAAGAGCUUUUUAAGCAAAAAGCUGAUCUCUUGGAGGCCAUUGAAGAGUUAUCGAGCGAAAGAGACUCCCUGCGCGAUGAGUUCACUAAGCUUGAGGCCUCUUCGAGGGAGCAGGAAGUUGAGGGGGUGCGGGAAAAAGAGGAAAUCAAGGAAGAACUUGAAAGUUGUAAAGACAGACUCGAGGAGCUGUUGAAGGAGAAGAAUGAAAAAAAUCAGUAUUUUUCCCAAAAAUUGGGCAUGAUUAAGCAAGGUUUGGCUAGGGUAGUUGAUCGUUUAGAUGUAGAAGGGGAAGAGCACAGCAAUGAAUUGGAGUUAAAUGGGGAUUUGGGGUUGGAAUUCAAGGGGAUUUUGGAGUUACUAAGUAAAGUUGAACUGAAAUUGGAUGAAUUUACGGAGAAAAGGAAGAAAGAAAAGAGGGAACUUGAGAGUAGUUUAGUUAGCCUGACAGAGGAGAACAGAGAUAUCAAUAACUUACUGAGGAUCGCCCUAGUGGAAAAAGAAGCAGCGGAGAAGAGCUUAAAUAAGCUAAAGGGGAACAAUGAACAGAAGAGAGGGGCUAUCUUGCAAAUUGCUGAAAGAAGUUUGCAGAAAGUAGGUUUUGGCUUUAUAGUCGGAACUGGAGGAAAUGAACUGUCAUCUGAAAACUCUGCUGCUAAUUUAGCUCCUAAAUCGGAUAGUAGUGAAUGUGAAGAGGAGGCUGUUAGUUUGGCUUCAACUGUGGAGAGAAUAAUGAAGAACUUGCGACUUGAAAUUACCCAAUUAAGGAGGUCUUUGGAUGACUCUAGGUCAGAAUCUGAACGCCUUCAGAGUCUAACAGAGAUGCAAGCUCAUAAAAUGGCAGAAUAUGUUAUGUACAUCAAAGAGCUCGAGGACAGGGAAUUGAUUUUAACUCAAAAGGUUGAAGAACUCCAUGUAAAAAUUAUAGAAACUGAGGAAGAGGUUGCAAGGUGGAAAGAAGCUUGUGAGUUGGAGGUGCAGGCUGGAAAAUACUUAACUGAAGAGCAUGAAAAAGUGGUUCACAUUCUACAACAAGAACUAGAAAAGACAAGGACUGCUUUGCAUGUGUCAAAAAGCAAAGUAAAGCUCAAGGACGAGCUAGUAGCCACUGCAAUUGCUGCGCAGGAAGCAACUGAGAGAUCUCUCCAGCAGGCUGACAGCCGUUCUGCAGGACUCCUUGCCCGAAUAGAAGAGCUGACAAGAGAGUUGGAGGAAACAGAGAAGAGGGAGCGGGCUAAUCGGCAUAGAAUCAGGCAUAUUUGCUGGCCAUGGCGAGCUCUCAAGUUCAACCCUGCUAAUACUGCAAAUAGUACUGUUAGAAAUAUCAGACGGAUGCUACCCGAGAUGCAAGCCUUGCUACAUGAACGUCUCAGUGUCUAGCCUUGUCAGACCAAAUUGAAUGUGGCUAAAUUGCACGAGUUGUAAGAUGGCACAUUCUAGCUAGAUGUGGAAUGUCUGUACCUUUAAUCCAGUUACGUGACGUUGUUCUACUUCUUAGUAGAGAUGUGGAAUGUCUAGGGCAUGCAAAACUGCAUGCAAAUAACACUCCUAUCAGCUCAAUCUCUUUUUGAACUUUUCUCUAA